UUUUCAUCAGUCGCUUGUGAUUUCGAGUUCGAAGAAGCUUAAGCAACCCAACAAACCCAACAAAAUGAAAUCCCUGUUGAUCCUCUUCGCCAUCUUCGCCGUUGUUGCGGCCUUCCCUGAACAGGAACGAGAACGCCGUGGAAUCCUCGCGGCUCCAGCCCUGGCUGCACCAUGGGUCGGAGGAGCCAAAAUCGCGGCUGCACCCGCUGUUGCCAUCGCUGCCGCUCCUAAGCUCCUCGCGGCGCCAGCAGUCGUUGCCGCUCCCGCCCUUGCAGCUCCGUGGGGAUUGAAAGGAUGGUAAAGCACUAUUUAGUAUCCCGGCGUAACUGGACCUGAAGUAUUAUAGUGAACAUCGGCGAUGGGAAGCCCUCUCAUCGUGAAAAAUUUGAAUUCGGCGAUUGGUCGCACCCGACACCCCCUUUUGGCCGCAAUUCCGAUCCAUUCCCCACAUUUGGUGCCACGAAAAAUUACUCAUCCCCCCCUCCCCUUUGUAAUUUAAAUUUUACUAUCAGAUAAUAAACCUAUUCUAGAAAUUACAAAAAAA